AAAUACUCAUGUUUCAUUUUAAAAAUGUGACAAAUAAAUGAGUCUCGUUCCACAUGUACAUUUUGAUGUGCAUGGUUUUCAAAGCAGUCAGUGUCUGCUCUCGUGCACAGUAGACUGCCAUGGUGUAGUUUAACAAAAGACUGUUUCUGAGUCGAACAGAAGGAGUCAUUAGCUUAUCUGCAUUUCCCCGAGUCAACUUGUGACCAGACACGAAGACCUCUGACCUCUGGACCGGGCCGAGAGCCAGACGCACCCCUCACACAGAUGAGUGCAUUGUCCGGCGUGAGCAUGAGUGUGUGUGGGUGUGUGUGCAUUCACAGUUUACGCACAAUACUGUAGAUUUCAUCCCUUCACAUUCUCAUAAACACACUGGAGCAGAGACACUACUGUAAACAAACUGCAGUUCCCAGAGAUGCAGUGGUGCAGGUGGGCAGGAGACUGGACGUCUCGCCUCAAGACGCAGGUAGACGGGUCCACAGGGCAGGACGAUGGAGACGGCUGUGACUUUCUGUUCAAGAUCAUCCUGAUUGGUGACAGUAAUGUGGGAAAGACCUGCGUGAUCCACAGCUUCAAGUCUGGGCUCUUCAGUGACAGCCAACACAACACUAUUGGAGUGGACUUCACCGUUCGCACCAUAGACAUCGACGGGAAGAGAGUGAAGAUGCAGGUGUGGGACACAGCGGGACAGGAGCGUUUCCGCACCAUCACACAGAGUCACUACCGAAGCGCCCACGGGGCCAUGAUUGCAUACGAUCUGACCCGACGAGCCACCUUCGAGUCUCUGCCGCACUGGAUCCAUGGUGUGGAGCAGUAUGGAGCCGCCAACCUCGUCUUCGUUCUGAUAGGUAAUAAGUGUGACCUGGAGGCACAGAGGCAGGUGCUGUUUGAGGAUGCGUGCACGCUAGCGGAGCGCACAGGUGCACUAGCGGCGCUCGAGACCUCCGCCAAACAGCAUCACAACAUCGAGGAGGCCUUCGAACUGAUGGCACGAGAACUCAUAGCACAGUACGGAGGAACAGUCCCUCAGGACAGCCAAUCAGAUUCACAGACUGUUUACCUGCACUCAGACUCUCAUCCAAUCGAUGAAGGAGAACGCCUGGAGAAGGGGUCAUGUGACUGCUGACUGACAAAUGAUUCGUUGAAAGGAACUCAGCACUGAAUAACUCUGUUGAGUGGAUUCCGACUGCUCUGAUUGGCCACCGAGUUCCAGAAGUUCAACAGAUAUGUCUGUGAUUGGCUAGAUUUCUCAACGCUGUAAAACACAAAUACGCACUG